AUGGCGGCGGCGGCGGGCGCGGCGAAGCUGGGAGCGGAAGGUGAUGCGGUGGCGGUGGAGGUUCGCCUGCCGCCUCUGUCGGAGGCGGGUCCCCUUCACGCAGAGAAGAAGAGGAUGCUGGAAAAUAGGAACCUAUCUUGUGAAAUUCAGGUUCCUGUUACAUGUUCUGCUGCCGAUGCCCUCAAAUUACUGGACCAGAUUAUUGAAGCUGCUAGGGUAGUGUACAUGGAUGAGCUAGAGCUUUAUUUUGCAGGAGAUAAUGUCGGUCCAUUCUCUGCAAGGAAUGAACUUGAAUCUCUAAAUCUUUUGUUCAAAACAAUGAAAAAAUUGCUUCUCACUUCCAAUGCAGCUGCCAAGGAAGUACUGCAGAUACUACAGGAUGAGAUAGUUGUUAAGCUCAAAUCUGUUGGAAAGUCAGACGAUGCUUGGAUGGUUGUUCAAACACAGAACCAUGAUGCUGAAGAUUCUCUUCUGAAAUGGGGGGAGCAUCUUGGUGUUAAAUCUAAAUUGCAGAUAGCCUUUUUUCAGGGAGCUGGAAGAGGAAUGGUAGCUUGUGAAAGUAUAGGUGUGGGGGAUAUUGCUCUUGAAAUUCCAGAGUCCCUCAUCAUAUCUGAUGAACUUCUUUGUCAAUCUGAAGUGUUUCUUGCAUUAAAAGAUUUCAAUAAUAUCACUUCUGAGACUAUGUUAUUGUUGUGGAGCAUGAGAGAGCGCUAUAAUCUAGCUUCAAAGUUUAAACCAUACUUUGAUACACUCCCGGCAAAUUUUAAUACAGGCUUGAGUUUUGGAAUCGACGCACUUGCUGCAUUAGAAGGAACCCUUCUUUUUGAUGAGAUAAUGCAAGCUAAGCAGCACUUGCGCCAGCAGUAUGAUGAAUUAUUUCCCUUACUAUGCACAAAUUUUCCUGAGAUAUUCCGGAAGGAUGUGUGCGCAUGGGAUAAUUUUCUGUGGGCAUGUGAACUAUGGUAUUCCAACAGUAUGAUGAUUGUUCUAAGUAGUGGGAAAUUAUCAACUUGCUUGGUUCCUGUUGCAGGACUUCUUAAUCACUCGGUGUCCCCUCAUAUUUUGAACUAUGGUCGAGUAGAUGAAGCUACAAAAUCAUUGAAGUUUCCUUUGUCUCGACCCUGUGAUGCAGGGGAGCAAUGCUUUCUCAGUUAUGGGAAACAUCCAGGGUCACAUCUCGUUACAUUCUAUGGUUUCCUACCAAGAGGCGAUAACCCUUAUGAUGUUAUACCUUUAGAUGUUGACACAUCUGCGGAUGAUGAGGAUGGCACAGCUCAGUCUGUGACUACAAGCCAAACUACUCAAAUGGUUCGUGGGACAUGGCUGUCCAGAUCUGGAGGAUUUCCCACGUAUGGCCUGCCUCAGCCCUUGCUGUCCCAUCUCCGUGCUGCUCUAGGUUGUGAUAUAGACGAAUCCACUACGGAAGCCGAUAUAAAGGAAAACGACAAGGUGGUGCUGGAAACAAUCCUGUCCAUAUUCAAUCCCAUGCUCGAAGGAGAGCGCCAGUUGGGAUGUGAAGCUAUCAUUGGACUACAAAGAUCUGCAGAGAAAGAUAAUAUCGUCCAUUGUCACUUCCUGUACCUCAGCCUUGGAAAAUUUUUAACUCCUGCUAGAUGGAAUCAUGGAUGGAAGUGCUUCACUAAUUGA